AUGGCAACGUCUCUUCCACCUAUAGCCAUCCCCGGCCAACGUCUAGGCUCUGUGGCCUCGUAUGCGGCUGGUCCCGGCACACACGUGCAGCAGUCCAACAUUUACGCCUCCAUCGCUGGCCCCGUCAUCGUUGAUCCCGCCCAGCCCAAGACUCAAACGAAGUCGACUCUACGAGUCUCGCGACUAGGUUCUGGCGUGAAACAGGCCGGUGCAGCUGCUUUAAAAACCCCGGCCCCGACCUCGAAGUCAAAGCCCAGGUACAAUACCCUACCCGCCGUCGACUCCAUUGUCCUAGCCCGCGUUACUCGCGUCCAGAAGCGUCAAGCUGCGGUCUCCAUUCUUGUCGUCCUCGAUGACGCCUCUGCUACAAGUCCAGACCCAGCUGAAGUCGCUUCGGACAAUGAUAAUAUCGCUUCCAUCCUCACCUCCGCCGCAAACCCGGAAAAUCACAGCAACACUGAUGAGCUUCGCUUCCAAGCAUUGAUUCGCAAGGAAGAUGUGCGCGCCGUUGAGAAAGACCGUGUUGUCAUGGAUGAGAUGUUCCGUGUUGGCGAUAUCGUGCGCGGCUCGGUCAUCUCCCUGGGUGACCAGAGCUUUUACUACCUUACCACUGCCCGCAAUGAUCUCGGCGUAGUGAUGGCUCGCAGCGAUGCUGGAAACAUGAUGUUCCCUAUUAGCUGGAAGGAGAUGAGGGACCCUGUCACCGGUGCCGGUGAACAAAGAAAGGUUGCUCGGCCGUUCUGA